CUUCUCUACUAUUCCAAUGUCUUCUCACGGCAAAGUUGGCGGCAAGUCCAAGUCCGGAGGCAAGGCUUCUGGCGGAGAGUCCAAGUCCCAAUCUCGCUCGGCCAAGGCUGGCUUGCAGUUCCCUGUUGGUCGUGUCCACAGGCUGUUGAAGAGGGGCAACUACGCUCAGCGUGUUGGUGCAGGUGCUCCAGUCUAUCUCGCCGCCGUCCUCGAAUACCUUGCUGCCGAAAUUCUUGAGCUUGCUGGCAACGCAGCACGAGACAACAAGAAGCAGCGCAUCGUUCCUCGCCACUUGCAGCUUGCCAUCCGUAACGAUGAAGAGCUGAACAGGCUUCUUGGUGACGUCGUUAUCUCGCAAGGUGGUGUUGUACCCUUCAUCAACCCUGAGCUCCUCCCCAACAAGACAGCGAAGGGCAAGAAGGGCGAGUCACAGGAGGUCUAAUCAUCUCACAUCCAUCUUCUUUCGUGAUAUGUUCUGGUUUUGUCUGUUGGAUGUAUUGUGAUCUGUAUUUCUAUCCUAUUUUAUCUCCAUCGUUAUCCUCUGCACACCUUU